CCAUCGUGGCCGCACAUCAUUGGGCCUUCGCGUAUCUUCUUUCCUCUCUGCCAAUCUCCUUCUUGCCCUCAUUUUCUCGCCCGUCUAGGGUUCUAAAUUCAUCGUCUUUUUCCCUCUUUCGAUCGGAUCUCGACGCAUCUGAAGCCUGGAUUGUGUGGUUUGUCUUUGGUUGGAGUGUCCGGUUUGGAAAUUUUGGUUGUCAGUGCAGUGGCGCUUACAUUUCAGCAUCGCCAUCCUUGAAUAGCCGUUCAUCAUGAAUCAUCCUCUUUCGUCUCUGAUUGAGAGAGUGCCCUAUUUCGCAUCCUGCGCUAUUAUCCAUCACUAUCUCCGGUCGUCGGUCGCCCUCCGCCUUCGGGAUCAUCCUCUAUUGCUCUGCCCUUCUUUGGUCGAGCUCAAGCUGAGCCCAGGUCAUUGAAAACCCUAGUAGAUCUUCUUCAGCUUCAGCUCGGGAGUUGUUUCUUGUGAUAUCAUCAGUAUGGCAAAUGAAGAUUCCAAGGACCUGCUCAAAAACAUGGAUUGGAAAACCAUUGGCAAUUCUUCUACCAGUGCUGCAACCGAAGUGGUCACAAAGAAGCGACUUCCAAAAAGGAUAAGGCAAGUCCCAGACUAUUAUUUUCUUCCACGGCAAUCAUUACCUUCAGCUAUUGCCCUGUAUGGUGCAAUUUGUGCUGCUGGCGUUGGUGCAGGAAUGCUGUUGGAGGUUUGGAUAAAGAAAAAGAUCCGAGAGGAUGGUGGCGUCAUUUUUGAUUUGGACAAACACUGAGCGGAGAAUUGGAUGCUUUAGACAUUGUUUGCCAGAUUUCUAGUGAAGUAGUAGCCCACAAAUUAUUGGCUUUCAGAUCCUUCUUGUUGAUAGCAUUUGUAAGUUAUAAAGUUCCUGUAUCUCUAUUUGAAAUGUUCAAUUCCCCAUUGAUACAUAUUGUUGUGGUUUCGGCACCUUAAUCAUGCUAAACCGCAUUAAGGCAUGGGAUUUUGGAAAUCAGAAAAUGAAUCUUUUAUUUCUGCAUAGUUGUUGGUAGGCUUUGGGAGCCAUUAUCUUU